AUGAGUACUGUAGAAGGACAAAAGGACCUCCCCAAAGUGGAUGUAAGUUAUCUCGACAUUGGCUCAUUUGACCCAGUUAGCGAUGGUAUGCUGAAAACAGUGACAAUCGUUAAUUACGCUUUUUUGAUUGGGGUCAUUAGCGUCACCGGGGUCGUUCUUAAUAUCAUCAACAUCGCUGUCUUUUUAAAACAGGGGUUUAAGGAUCCUAUUAAUAUCCCUCUGGUCGGGUUGGCUGUGGCUGAUACCGGAGGGUUGGUGUGUCUGAUAUGGAUGAGCCUGUGCUACAACCCUCUGGUGGUUGGCAGCCUAGAGCGGUUGGACCUGGUUGGCAUUCAGCACAUCACAGCCGGCUGGCCUCACGUCUGCUUCACGCGGAUCACCGGCUGGCUGACCGUCUUCAUCACGUUCGAGAGGUACCUGUGUAUCGCCUUCCCGCUCAAGGUCAAGGCUAUCCUCACCCCGCGGCGCACCGCCAUCAUCGUCGUCGUGAUUUUUAUCGUUUUAAUUUUAACCGUCGUCCCCGUUUACAUCGCCAUAUACAUCGACCGUGUCUUCAGCUCUAAAUAUAACCGAACACUCUUCACUAUCGUUUAUAUUCAAGAUGGCGUCAGCUUGGAAAAAUUCUCACUGUACUGCAGUACAUUUUUACAGCUUUCUUCCUUUGUCUUAGUCGCUAUGUUGACAACAGGGCUUGUCGUAAAAAUAACUCAGAAAUCAAAAUGGCGGAUCGCUACGUCUUCGGCUAACCAGAACGAGGCCGUAUCCUCGCGGGAUAGAAAAGUCGUCAGGAUGGUGAUAUUUAUCUCAGGGAUAUUUAUCCUCAGCUUCACCCCCGUGGUCAUACAUAUGCUCGCCAUGUUGUCCGUUGCAGACUUUAUCGUGGGAGGGAGGUAUCAGAACCUGUUCCUUCUCUGCGGGACUUUUGUCUUCAAUCUGCAGGCCAUCAACUCCAGCGCCAACAUCUUCGUCUACCUGAAGAUGAGCAGCAAGUUCAAGGACGUGUUCAUGUCCAUGUUUUGCAACGUCAAGAAACAAUGA